CCCCUCUCUCUCUCUCUCUCUCUCUCUCUCUCUCACAACCACUCUCAAAUCGGUCGCCGGAGAACGAAUGACGUCGUCGUCGGCCGCGGCCACGGCCACGGCGGAGGCGGCCGACCCCGCCGCCGCCCCUUACAAGCCCUACGUCCUGGCGAAGACCCUGAACGGCCACAAGGCGGCCAUCUCGGCCGUGAAGUUCUCCCCGGACGGCAACCUCCUGGCCUCCUCCUCCGCCGACAAGACCCUCCGCGCCUACUCCACAGCCUCCCUCUCCCCACUCCACGACUUCCACGGCCACUCCCAGGGCGUCUCCGACCUCGCCUUCUCCGGCGAUACCCGCCUCCUCGCCUCCGCCUCCGACGACAAGACCCUCCGCCUCUGGGACGUCCCCACGGGGACCCUCCUCAAGACCCUCCACGGCCACACCAACUACGCCUUCUGCGUCAACUUCAACCCCCACUCCAACCUCCUCGUCUCCGGCUCCUUCGACGAGACCGUCCGCGUCUGGGACGUCAAGAGCGGCAAGUGCCUCAAGGUCCUCCCCGCCCACUCCGAUCCCGUCACCGCGGUCGAUUUCAACCACGGCGGCACCAUGAUCGUCUCCAGCAGCUAUGACGGGCUGUGCCGGAUUUGGGACGCUUCUACUGGGCACUGUAUGAAGACCCUCAUCGACGAUGAGAACCCUCCGGUGUCUUUCGUCAAGUUCUCGCCGAACGGCAAGUUCAUCCUCGUGGGGACUCUCGAUAAUACUCUGAGACUAUGGAACAUAUCCACAGGAAAAUUUAUCAAGACAUAUACAGGUCAUGAAAAUUCAAAAUAUUGUAUUUCUGCUUCUUUCUCAGUGACAAAUGGGAAGUAUGUUGUGAGUGGUUCGGAGGAUAAAUGUGUAUACCUGUGGGAGCUACAGACGAGAAAAGUAGUACAGAAAUUGGAAUGUCAUACUGAUGCGGUCAUAUCAGUAGCUUGUCACCCGACAGAGAAUAUGAUCGCAUCAGGGGCACUGGGCGAUGACAAGAGUGUGAAGAUCUGGACACAAGAAAAAGAUUGAUCUCUUUAGGAUAACCUUUUUUAUGGGGAUUAAUUGUGCGGUAUUAAUGUAAAUCUUGACCCAGGUUAGAUGUUUUUUUUCUCCCUUCUGAGAUGCAUCUAAAGAUUUUGUUCUUUAUGGUCCGAGUUGGUCAGACUGGUUUGUUCAGAUAACCUUUUUGGGUACGUGUAUGUGACAUCUUUAACUGUUUAUGUAUUCGAAGGCAUCAUUAAGUUGUUCA